UGGCUCUGUCAUAGCGGACGCCGCAGCCGGGAGCUGCAUGCGACGCGCGGCGGCGUCUCCCGCCGCCUGCUUUCUCCGCGGCGCGCACGGACCAGCGGUAGAGCGCCGGAGCCGCGGGUUGGGGCGACUGCGGGGGCGCCCUCCCGCCCGGCCGCCGGGUCCCACCCGCAGCCCGUGGCGGCGGGCGCCGAGCCCAGCUUUGUAGGGAGCCAAACUCAGAGAGACAGACGAGAUGGCUAGCUCAGCCCGGGAGCAUCUGCUUUUUGUGCGGCGUCGAAAUCCCCAGAUGCGGUACACAUUGAGCCCAGAGAACCUGCAGAGUCUUGCUGCACAGAGCUCCAUGCCGGAGAACAUGACCCUGCAGCGAGCCAACAGCGACACGGACCUGGUGACUUCCGAGAGCCGCUCCAGCUUGACUGCCAGCAUGUACGAGUACACACUGGGACAAGCCCAGAACCUCAUUAUCUUCUGGGACAUUAAAGAGGAGGUGGACCCCAGCGAUUGGAUUGGACUUUAUCAUAUAGAUGAGAAUUCUCCAGCCAACUUCUGGGAUUCUAAAAACAGGGGUGUGACUGGAACACAAAAAGGACAAAUCGUGUGGAGAAUUGAGCCUGGGCCCUACUUCAUGGAACCGGAGAUAAAAAUCUGUUUUAAAUAUUACCAUGGCAUUAGUGGAGCCCUGCGAGCCACGACCCCCUGCAUCACUGUGAAGAACCCAGCUGUGAUGAUGGGGGCAGAAGGCAUGGAAGGAGGCGCUUCAGGAAAUCUGCAUUCUCGGAAGCUGGUCAGCUUUACCUUGUCAGAUCUUAGGGCAGUUGGGCUAAAGAAAGGGAUGUUCUUCAAUCCUGACCCUUAUCUUAAGAUGUCCAUUCAGCCAGGGAAGAAGAGCAGUUUCCCCACCUGUGCCCACCACGGGCAGGAGAGAAGGUCUACUAUCAUCAGUAACACCACUAAUCCCAUUUGGCACCGAGAGAAAUAUUCCUUUUUUGCACUUCUAACCGACGUCCUGGAAAUUGAAAUUAAAGACAAGUUUGCCAAGAGUCGUCCUAUUAUCAAACGUUUCCUGGGGAAACUAACCAUUCCAGUCCAGAGGCUGCUGGAGCGACAAGCCAUUGGGGAUCAGAUGCUCAGCUACAACCUUGGCAGAAGGCUCCCGGCUGACCACGUGAGUGGGUACCUGCAGUUUAAAGUGGAAGUCACAUCUUCUGUCCAUGAAGAUGCAUCUCCAGAAGCUGUUGGCACAAUCCUUGGAGUUAAUACGGUGAAUGGAGACCUAGGAAGCCCGUCUGAUGACGAGGACAUGCCAGGAAGUCAUCACGACAGCCCUGUUUGUGCUAAUGGACCAGUGUCUGAGGAAAGUACUGCUGAAGGGACACCCAAGCAUUCUUUCAGGACUAGUUCUACUCUGGAAAUAGACACGGAGGAUUUAACCUCUACUUCUUCAAGGACCUCACCUCCCAGAGGCCGUCAGGAUUCACUUAAUGAUUAUUUAGAUGCUAUCGAACACAAUGGCCCUUCCAGGCCAGGAGCAGGGACCUCCUCUGAGAGGGCCAUGGGAGCCUCUCCAAAACUAAGGAGUAGCUUUCCCACCGACACAAGACUCAAUGCAAUGCUUCAUAUCGAUUCUGAUGAAGAAGACCAUGAGUUCCAGCAAGACCUGGGUUAUCCAUCUUCCUUGGAGGAAGAAGGAGGUUUAAUCAUGUUUAGCAGGGCAUCAAGAACUGAUGAUGGCAGCCUGACGUCUCAGACAAAGCCAGAGGACGACCACCCAGUUGAGAAUGAGGAAGCCUCCAUGCAUGAAGCCGCUUCCCUUGAGGAUAAGCCAGAGAACCUUCCCGAGCUUGCAGAUGUCGCCUUGCCCUCAGUCCCAGCCCCAGAAGAAAGUGAAACUGGCCCAGAGUCUCAACCCAGUGCUGACCAGGGCAGCACUGAGUUGUGUGGCUCUCAGGAGGUAGAUCAGCCCACAAGUGGGGCAGACACGGGGACUUCCGACACAUCAGGAGGAAGCCGAAGAGCCAUCAGUGAGACUGAGUCCCUGGAUCAAGGGUCUGAGCCAUCCCAGGUGUCCUCUGAAACCGAACCCAGUGACCCCGCCAGGACCGAGAGCGUGAGUGAAGCUAGCACCAGGCCUGAGGGAGAGAGUGACCUGGAAGGUGCGGACAGCUCCUGCAACGAGAGCGUGACCACACAGCUGUCCUCAGUGGACACUCGGUGCUCCUCCAUGGAGAGCGCACGGUUUCCCGAAACCCCAGCCUUUUCUUCUCAGGAAGAGGAAGAUGGGGCCUGUGCCGCGGAGCCCCCCAGCAGCAGCCCUGCCGAAGGGCCGCAGGAUCCCAUAUGCACUCCGGGUUCUUUACCUGUGGUACAGGUGCCCAGUGGGGAGGAGGAAGGGCCAGCGACAGAUUCGGCCACUUUACCUGACCAGGAGGAGCUCGGGGAGGUCUGGCAGCGGAGAGGGAGCCUAGAAGGAGCUGCUGCUGCCCCUGAGAGCCAGCCCCAGGAAGAGGGCGAUGCUGGGGACGCCCAAGGCGCUUGUGAAGGGGCCACUGCCCAGGAAGCAGGCGCUACUGGAGGUUCUCAAGCCAAUGGCCACCAGCCUUUGCGGUCACUACCUUCAGUGCGCCAGGAUGUCAGCCGGUACCAGAGGGUGGAUGAGGCUCUCCCACCAAACUGGGAGGCGCGCAUUGACAGCCACGGCAGGAUCUUCUAUGUGGAUCACGUAAACAGAACCACAACGUGGCAGAGGCCGACAGCUCCCCCGGCCCCACAGGUGCUGCAGAGAUCUAACUCCAUACAACAAAUGGAGCAGCUGAACCGGCGAUAUCAGAGCAUCCGCAGAACCAUGACUAAUGAGAGGCCUGAGGAAAAUACCAGUGCUAUUGAUGGGGCAGGGGAGGAAGCCGACUUUCACCAAGCCAGUGCAGAUUUCCGCAGGGAGAACGUCCUGCCCCACUCUACCUCCAGAUCCAGGCUCACGUUGCUGUUACAGUCUCCCCCUGUGAAGUUCCUCAUCAGCCCAGAGUUCUUCACUGUGCUGCAUUCUAACCCUAGUGCCUACCGCAUGUUUACAAACAACACGUGUUUGAAGCACAUGAUCACCAAAGUCCGGCGGGACACCCACCACUUUGAACGCUACCAGCAUAACCGGGACCUCGUGGGGUUCCUCAACAUGUUUGCCAACAAACAGCUGGAGUUGCCGAGGGGCUGGGAGAUGAAACAUGAUCAUCAGGGCAAGGCAUUUUUUGUCGACCACAACUCCCGAACCACCACUUUCAUUGAUCCUCGGCUCCCACUGCAAAGCAGCAGACCCACAAGUGCGCUGGUUCAUCGGCAACACUUGACCAGACAACGUAGCCACAGUGCGGGUGAGGUAGGAGAAGAUUCUCGGCACGCGGGACCGCCGGUUCUCCCCAGGCCGUCCAGCACAUUCAAUACAGUCAGUAGGCCACAGUACCAGGACAUGGUUCCAGUGGCUUAUAAUGACAAGAUUGUUGCAUUUCUGCGUCAGCCCAACAUCUUUGAAAUUCUACAGGAGCGUCAACCUGAUCUUACCAGGAAUCACUCACUCAGGGAGAAGAUCCAAUUUAUCCGAACCGAAGGGACCCCAGGAUUGGUGCGCCUUUCUAGUGAUGCAGACCUUGUUAUGUUGCUAAGCUUAUUUGAAGAAGAGAUCAUGUCCUAUGUGCCUCCACAUGCCUUACUCCACCCCAGCUACUGUCAGUCCCCACGUGGCUCCCCUGUGUCCUCUCCUCAGAACUCACCAGGUACUCAACGUGCCAAUGCCCGUGCUCCAGCCCCUUACAAGCGAGAUUUUGAAGCCAAACUAAGGAACUUCUACAGGAAGUUAGAGACAAAAGGAUAUGGACAAGGCCCAGGGAAAUUAAAGUUAAUUAUCCGAAGAGAUCACUUGCUAGAAGAUGCUUUUAAUCAGAUUAUGGGCUACUCCAGAAAAGAUCUGCAGAGGAAUAAGCUGUAUGUCACCUUCGUCGGGGAGGAAGGGCUGGAUUACAGUGGGCCUUCCAGAGAAUUUUUCUUCCUGGUAUCCAGAGAACUCUUUAACCCUUAUUAUGGCUUAUUUGAGUAUUCAGCCAAUGACACAUACACAGUACAAAUAAGUCCCAUGUCUGCUUUUGUAGACAAUCACCAUGAAUGGUUCCGGUUCAGCGGUAGGAUCCUUGGUCUUGCACUAAUACACCAGUAUUUGUUGGAUGCCUUCUUCACACGGCCCUUUUAUAAGGCUCUACUCAGAAUAUUGUGUGACCUGAGUGACCUAGAAUAUCUUGAUGAAGAAUUCCACCAGAGCUUACAGUGGAUGAAAGACAAUGAUAUCCAUGACAUCCUAGACCUUACGUUCACUGUUAACGAAGAAGUUUUUGGGCAGAUUACUGAACGAGAAUUAAAGCCAGGGGGUGCCAAUAUCCCAGUCACGGAGAAGAACAAGAAGGAGUACAUUGAGAGGAUGGUGAAGUGGAGGAUUGAGAGGGGCGUGGUACAACAAACAGAGAGCUUAGUGCGUGGCUUCUAUGAGGUAGUGGAUGCCAGACUGGUAUCUGUUUUUGAUGCAAGAGAACUGGAACUGGUCAUCGCAGGCACAGCUGAAAUAGACCUAAGUGAUUGGAGAAACAACACAGAAUAUAGAGGAGGAUACCAUGACAAUCAUAUUGUAAUUCGGUGGUUCUGGGCUGCAGUGGAAAGAUUCAACAAUGAACAACGACUAAGGUUGUUACAGUUUGUUACAGGCACAUCCAGCAUUCCCUAUGAAGGAUUCGCAUCCCUCCGGGGGAGUAAUGGCCCAAGAAGAUUCUGUGUGGAGAAAUGGGGGAAAAUCACGGCUCUUCCCAGAGCUCACACUUGUUUUAACCGCCUGGAUCUGCCUCCAUACCCAUCCUUUUCCAUGCUUUAUGAGAAGCUCCUGACAGCAGUUGAAGAGACCAGUACCUUUGGACUUGAGUGAUAUGGAAGCACUAUGCCCAUCUCUUUAUGGACAGGCAAUUUCAGAAGCUGGCUUCCAGAAUGACUGAGCAUUGGAAGUCUCCAGCUUAGGCUUCCAUUAGAGUAAAGCUGAGUGCUGUUAGUUUCCAGGAACAUGUGCUCUCUCACGUUUGGGGACUGGCGAUGAGUCCUCUUGGAAGGAUUUGGGUGAGCUUGAUGCCCAGGGAACAACCCAACAGUCUUUCAAUCAACAGUUCUUGACUGCCAAACCUUUUCCAUUUGUUAUGUUUCAAGACAAAGAUGAACCUAUACAUGAUCAGCUCCAUGGUAAUUUCUAGGGACUCGGGAGAAUCAUGAAACUUACCCUUGAACGUGGUUCAAGCCAAACUGGCAGCACUUGGCCCAAUCUCCAAAUUAUCGCAAGUUAAAUAAUACAAUAAAAACAAAUAUAUUUCCUGAAAAUACAUUCAUUUAAGCCCUACGUUAUAAAAAUAUUCAUUUCUUGCUUAUGAGUGCCUGCAUGGUGUGCACUAUAGGUUUCAGCUUUCACAGGACACAAGUAAAAAUGAAACCAAGUCAAUAUGAGGUAACUUUAAAGAUUUGCAAUAAGGUGGUCUGUGACAAUGUAUAUGCAAGUGGUAUGUGUGUAAUUACGGCUAAAGACAAACUGUUACUCAAUGAAUUACUAAUGACAGAUUCUAUGCUUUAUAAUGCAUGAAAACAAUUUUAAAAUAAUAGCAAUUAAUCACAGCAUAUCAGGAAAAUGUACAAAGUGAGUUCUGUUUCUUUUUAUAGGUUCAUUAUAUUUAUGUUCUUUAAUAUGUAUAUAAGAACCUACCUAUCACACUAUAUGUAUCACCUUUCCAUUUUCAUGUUCCAUGCUUACUCGGGCAUCAUGCUAGUAUGUAUCCUUUUAAGCACUCUCAAGGGAACAAAAGGGCCUUUUAUUUUUAUAAAGGUUAAAACAAAUCCCCGAAAUAAUUUGCACUGAAUGUACCAAAGUCAAAGGGACAUUACAAUAUGACUAACAGCAACUCCAUCACUUGACAAGUAUAAUAGAACGUAGCUUCUAAAUCAAACUUCCUUCACAGUGCCAUGUCAACCACUACAAGGACUGUGCAUCUAAGUAAUAUUUUUUUAAGACUCACUAUAUGUGAUAGUAUGAUAUGCAUUUAUUUAAAAUGCAUUAGACUCUCUUCCAUCCAUCAAAUACUUUCCAGGAUGGCAUUUAAUACAGAUAUUUCGUAUUUCCCCCACUGCUUGUUAUUUGUACAGCAUCAUUAAACACUAAGCUCAGUUAGGGAGCCAUCAGCAACACUGAAGACAUCAGCUCUCUUUAGUAAUAAGAAUUCCAUUUUUCCUCAUCAAUGAAGAUGCCACAAAUGGAAACUCUCAGUACUAUAUUUCUAAGCCUGCAUUUUCACAGAUGCAUAAUUUUCUUAUUAAUAUCAAGAAACAAUUUUUCUAUAUCUCAAAAACUGCAUGACAUCACUACUCUUACUUCUGCUUAAUUUUAAAGAGAGGAUAUCUUUCAUUUUGAUUGCUUUUGGAAUUAUUCCAUACCAUUGUUUGUUCCUUGAUUUAUGGCCAUAACUGAUCAGACGCACAAUAGAAUGAAAUUAAAUUGAGGGAGGUAACAGCAUUGGAUUAACACUUAGUUUGCCAGCCUGUGGGUUUACAGGCACUGUUGGAACUUUUCUUUGAGAAUCAUAUUUAUAAGUAGCCAUGGAAUUCCUAUUAUGGGAUGUUGGCAAUCUUCCAUCUUAUAGAGGUGAUAUGCCCAGUUUUCCUAGGUGUUUUGUAAGAACAGAUAGCUCUCUUGCUGGUUGAACUGUGUAUUCUGUUGGGACCCUUAAGAGCAGUGCCACUCAUGUUGUAUUUCUGCACUAAAGGCAGGUAUUGCAGCAUGGGACAUGUUCUAGGAAAAAGGUUACUGAAAUCUGGAAAGGACAGAGCAAGAUUUAUGCAUAUACUAUAAUUGGGGCGGGAAAAAAAGAAAGAAAGGAGAAAAAGUUUUAACUGGAAAUAUUGGUUUGUACUGAUUGACCAUGAAUACAAGUAUAUAUUUAAUUUUCCAAACUAUUUUUACUCAUUUGUAUUUUUUCAUUAUAAGGAAAAAUAUAUAACAUACUAACACACUUUUUUAAAUCACAUUUUUGAUGUCUCAGAGCUGGCAUUCUCUAAACAGCUGAUAUAGAAGGUUGCAUCUUUUUUUCAAAAAUACAUUCAUAGGCCAUGUUAAUGUUCAUUUUGGUUUGAAACACUGUUAUCAUAUGCCAUAUCACUAGGUAAAAAUUUGAAAUAAAAUGUAUCUCUUUUCUUUCUAACAAAUAUAUUUCUUUGUUAAAGCAUCCAGCUUCUCAAAUAACAGUACUCUUUGGUAUAUGCAGACAUUCUUAAUUAGAAUUAUCUAGUUGACACCAUUCUCAGAAUUGGAAUUUACCAAAGAUAUACUUAGCAUAUCAGAAAACCAGGACUGGGGAUGUAGCUCAGUGGUAGAGUGCUUCCCUGAUAUGUGCAAGCCCCUGACCUUAAUCCCCAGUGUCAAAAAACAAACAGAAAAGCUUAUCAGAAAACCAUGAUAGCCUAUUUUUUUCUUCUUCAUUAGUAAAACAAAAAGAAGCCAAUAAUAACUAUAUAAAAUAUUAAAAUAUGCUCCACACAUAAAUUAGUCUUUAAUAUAAUCUAUAAUUACAUAUAUCCAUAAAUAUUUUCUUCUGGAUUGUGACCUCAGAUAGCUCUAGUUUUCUUUAAAACACACAAGUGAUGCUCCUUAUACUCUAAAAGACAGUUAUGAUACAUCAUAUAAGUAGGCAGAACAUCUCUUGGGUACGAAAACAGGCACACUGUUGCCAUUCCUCUGUGUCCAUCACUGUGUUUGAUGAGGGAGAUACGAAAUUCUAAAUCCAUCCUUUAGAAGCUCACAGUCUAGUAGAGGAGACACUAUGAUUCCCAAAAAUAUGUUCAAUAAAAAUUGUUAAGUUCUACAAUCAAGGAAUGAAGAGGGAACAGAUUAUCCAUCUGGGAGAUUCCAUCACAACUUCAUACAUGGGAGACAGUGUGACUGAAAUAAAUCACAUAAAUGCUGUUUCUGCUGAAAAUAAUGUGUCAAUAUUAGUGAUGUAUUGAGACCCAGAAUGCAUUUGCACAAUGAGAAUUUAAAGGUAUAAUAAAGUGUGUAGGUGGGGAGCUGAACUGUGAAGAAGCAACUCCAGGAUCUUCUAAUUAUCAAAGAAAUGCCAAAAUCAAGUCUGAUCAUGUCCCUGUUUCCCUUCUUCUGUACUACAACAUACCUUCGAUUUACAGGGUAAAGAAUUCCAAUCCCUGAGUCCAAACCACUUACAGAAUCAAAACAUUUUUCUUGUGCACAGAAUGAAUGGAUUGGGAUCAAAGAAGUACAGUCACGAUUUUCUAGCAUAUGUUGUAUAUAUAAUUUAGUAGAAAUUCUGUAAUCUGGAAAAAACAAUUGAACUAGAAAGGAAAUAAAUUUUGCAAAUUUAGGAUAUAGCUGCAAGUGACAUUCUCCAUCAUUUAAACUCAAGUCUCAAGGAAGUAAGAUGGUUAAAAUCUAGCCAUCACCAGCACAACAAUCAAAAAUGGUGAAAUGCACUCAAAUGAUGAUUAAGGUAAAACAUGUCUGCAUAGUGCUUAGGAGUUCCGAAGUACAUUUCAGGCACAUUAUCUCUUGAUCCUCAGGUACUUUGUUGGAAAGAAGUAUCAAGUCCUACCUGGGCUGUGGUUGAUUCUCAUGGAUGACUUGUGGAAUCCAUUUCAGUACUUUAUAGUCACAAUUCUGUGUUUCAUCUCAAGUGAUAUAGAGACUAAUGUUUGUACUGGACAUUCCACUUCCAGCCAGUUUUGUAAGAUGCUUCAUUCACCCAAACUCUCACUUGCUUAAAUGUGAUACCUUCUGGAAAGUCUAUGAGGAAAUCAAUAUAUUAAUGGACACAACUACUCAUCAACGCAUAAUUUUUACUCAUCACGAGAAAUUUAAAACAGGCAAUUUGAUUGCUUUUGUGUAUUUAUAUAGUAUAAUUUCAUUUUAUCAACUAUCAUUUGAAAGAAAGAUCAUGGAAAAGGUACUAAUCAGAAACCCUAUUUAAGGUUUAAAUUUUUAAUAAUCAUGGAUCUAGAAAACCCUGGUAGCUGAAUUGCAAUGGUAGUGGAGGAAGGAACCACUCUUGUCUCUUUUUCUCCCCAUCUUCCUCACAAUUGUCCAAUAAUUUUUUUUUCUAACCUUUUGCACAAAUUUUAAGAGUUGAUCAUUUCUGAGACAAACAUCUUAUAAGGAGAGUCUAGAAGUGUGACCAACUAUCUUAUUCAGGAAACUCCAGAGGGAGGGUAAAUGAUGCAAUACCAUCAUUAAAAGAUAUCAGGAACCCUGCAUAAUAAUAAUAAUAAUAAUAAUAAUAAUAGUAAUAAUAAUAAUCAUCAUCAUGCAUAUGAAGAAUGUGUAAUCUCUAGGCUGAGUCUGAGUUUCAGACCCUCUUCUUCCAUUUCAUCUGCUUUCAGGUUUAUUUGAUGAGUGGCAACACUCUAGAUCUUAGCCAUCUUACUUCCAUGAGACUUGAGUUUAAAUUAAUGAGUCACCUGUUACUAUAUUCUAACUUCACAAAACUUAUUUUCUUCCUAGUUCAAUUGUGUUUUCCAGAUGAAGUUGUCUAGUGUGGAAGCAAAGAAAUGCCAGUAAUAUUAAAGCUUUCUGAGUUGUGGCCUAAUGCUACCCACAAAAAGGUUGAUAAAAAUAAAAGUGGAAAAGAGGAGCCCAGCAGUUUGCCAACCCCAAAAAUGUAAUGCUAAUUAUUGACCGAUCUUAAGAUUCAGGGCAGUUAACUGCAUCCCAAGGUGUGGUGCAAAGGACAGAAUUUGUGAGCUACCCAUAUAGUAGCUGAGGGAACAUUAACAAGGGUGGAAGAAUCAUCUUAGAGCAUGCUGGUGGGGGCAGGAACAUAUUCCAUUUUGGUUUCUUUGAGAAGGAGAAUGGGUCACUGCCUAAGUAAGGCACUGCUUAGAAAUCUACCUGAUAGGAAAUAACCUCAUUUUAUAACUUCGGUAACUUAACGUUUUCUGUAUUCAAGAAAGGAAUUUAGCCCCAAAACAUUCAAGUUGACUAUAGCUUAAUCAGGAGAUUCAACAAUUUUUGCAUUCAAUUAUGUUGUAGAUUUCUUAAAUUUAAGAGUUAUUGUUACUACUAUCAAACACUAUAUGAAAUAAAAGAAAGGUCCCUUUAUUUCAUUAUGCUUAAUUUGGCUUUUUUUUUCAGACAUUCUUUGAUGUUAGAAUAGCUUUUAGGACAUUUUCAUGGUGCCCAUUAAUAAAUGUUCCCUGUAAUCUAUCUAGAAAGCAAAAUCCUCUUUGAGGUUACUGAAUUGCAAACAAGACCUAAUCAGUGUUUCCAAUUCAAUAAGUUAAUCAAGACAAGAAAUACAUUUGCUUAGGUUUUUAUCUGCAAGGUACUUUAUUUGGCUUUCAUGAUCAAAUAGCCUCGUGGAAUAGGAUGGUCACAGUUAUAUGGUUUCUUUGGAAAACAGGAGAAUCAAACGUCUAUUUGUGAUUUUUAUGUCUAGUGGCCUUGGGCAGGUGAUAUCUUUAUAUCCAACUUUCUUGUAAGAUAUUACACCCUGAGGAGUGUUGAUAGGCAUGUUGUAUGAUUCAAACUGAAUCAGCUAUUACUGAUGCAGGUAAGGAACCAUCAGUAAACUUCUGGUUACUAUCACCUUCUGUAAAAAAGGAUGGAUGAUGUUCAAGAAAUACCUUGGAAGGAUUAACCAGGAAACACACAGGACUGAAUGUUCUUUUAGGACCCUGAUGCUCUAAAGAUGUAAUUACAAACUAUUUUUCUUCAUAUGAUAUUAUAAGUAAAAUUUGGGGCUGUUUAAAUGUUGGAAAGUGCAUAAGAUAACAUGUUUUUAUAAUAGGGAUGCAGGCAUUCCAAAACAAAUGAAUAAAAAUACAUGCAUCUCUCUUGCCUCUUACUGAAAGUAUUAAUCUAAUUUUAUAAUAAUGCUUACUUUUUAAUAUUGAGGCUCUGUAAAAAAAAAUUAUUUCUAAAAUUUCAGUAGAGCACAGGUGGUGUAUUUUUUUAAGCCUUUUCAUUUCCUUCACUAACCCCACCCAUUAUGUCCACUACACCAUGCAUCACAGUUCAGAGCAAUGUUUCUAUUUUUGUUGAGUUGAUUUAAGCUUCAUAUUUAUUCAUGUGACUUUUAAUAGAGAAUAAUAAUGGAAGAUAUUUGUUAUUAGAAUUAAGAUUAUACAGCUCUCAUUUCAUCUUACAUUUAAAUUUCUUUUCUUCUUUUCAAAGCAAAUAAUACAGGUUGUUGAUAUCCUAGAAAUGGUAUGUGGGUGAUAUUAUAUGGAGCCUAAGACUCCGAAUCCUGGACUAGUUGUUCAUUUUCUGGGAAGUCUGUAUUCUUAUCCUCACCAGAACCCCCAAUUCUUGUGUUGUAUUUUUUAUGAUUAUGAAAUGCUUUGAGGUAAAGAUAUUUUAAUGUGUACAAUUUGUUUUAUUUUCAUACUGAUCUCUAUUUUUGUUUAAAACCAUGUUACAUCAUGAAAUCACUUAAUCCAAAAUAAAUCUUCU